AUGCCUCAUAUACAAUUAGGGGCUGAAAAUAUGGCGGCAGAUGUCUCGAGUAAGAGAAAAAUGAAAGAUAAUCACCCCCCAAAGUCUCCAUCAAGUCCUCAACUAAAAAUCAAAAACCGAUAUACAUCGUUAUCCAACCUUAACGACAACGUAGAAAUAAACGACAACACACUGGCUGACAUUGACAAUACACAUUCCGAGGUAAGGAAAAUUCCACCUAUUUUCGUCCACAAUAUUACAAAUUAUGAACAGUUUCAUCUAUCCUUAGCAUCUGUAGCUAACGAUUACUUUACAAUAGAACAAAAAAAAGACUCUCUAAAAUUAAAACUAACAACAAUUGACGAUUAUAGAACUGUCACAAAAGAGCUCGAGACAAUGCAAAUAAAAUACCAUACUUAUCAACUCCCUAAAGACAAACGUAUAUCUGUCGUUAUCCGUAAUCUACCAGUUUCAAUAUCAGAAGAAACUAUUUUUACAGCCUUGUGGGAGUUACAGUACGAGGCGAUUUCGGUCACUCACCUACAAAACUAUCUUAAAGUCCAGAUACCAAUAGUUGCUGUCCUUCAGCAGUCAUCGAAACACAUAUACUCCUUAGACAGAUUAUUGCACUGCAUAGUCUCAGUUGAACCACGUAAACCUUCCACAGAUAUCCCUCAAUGUAAAAACUGCCAACGUUACUCACAUACAGAAAAAUAUUGCCAUUUACCACCGAAAUGUGUUAAAUGUGCCGAAAAUCAUCAUUACAAAAAUUGUACGAAAACAAGCGAGACACAAGCGUAA